UUAAAAUUUAUGCUACAACAUUUAUCCAAGAAAUAUAGUGCGCAGUGAGUGAUGUGCCGCUCGGAGUGGAAAUCACAAUUUUGCUAGGCCGCCUGCUUUCUGAGAAUGAAUGAAUGGCAAGCCAUAGAAGAAAACUCAACAGACGAUCGUCUUCAAGAUGCUUGCUUUCUUGCGUCUUUUUCUUCUUGGGGUUCUCUCUUCAUGUAAAUUGCUAUCCUGGAGAUAUUCUUAAACAUGGCGGAAGUAUUUCUGGGAGUGAAACUCUUGUCUCCGCUGAAAGAACGUUUGAACUCAGAUUCUUUACCACUAGGAGCAGCACCACUAGCCCCAAAAAAUUCGUCGGAAUAUGCUAUAAAUGGGACCCAGAUACAGUUGUAUGGGUUGCCAACCGAGACAACCCAUUGCCGGCGAACUUUACAGGUGUUUUCCUAAUUGCAGAAGAUGGUAACCUCAAGGUAUUGGAUAGCAGUACUGGAAAACAAUAUUGGUCUACAACUCUUGAGAGAUCCUCCUCUACAAACCGAACUGUGAAGCUCAUGGAUUCUGGAAACCUAGUGUUAAGCGAUGAUCGCAUGCCGACGAGUUUGUGGGAGAACUUCAAAAAUCCAACCGAUACUUUUCUUUCAGGUAUGAAGAUGGAUGAAAACCUCACAUUAACUUCAUGGCAAGAGGAUGAUGACCCUGGAAGUGGGCUAUACACGUUUAAGCUAGAUCAACAAGGAGAGGGCCACUAUGUAGUGUCAAAAAAAUCUCUCCCUCACUGGAAAGGUCGGAUGCCAGGUACGUUCUCGAGCUCAGAUGAAAUGCCUUAUCUCAUACCCUACUUGUUAUCCAAUUUCAGCGAGAGCGUCAAACAUUACUAUAAAAUAGACUUUCCGAAAAACCCAACAAAACAGCGAAGUUCAAAUUUCACAAGGUUGGUAAUGAAUAAAGCUGGGCAGUUGCAGUACCUGACCUGGGAUAAGACGAAACGCAUUUGGUCUUUGACAUGGUCGAAGCCGGAAGACGAAUGUGGCAUUUAUAACUAUUGUGGGAAAUUUGGGAGCUGCAAUAUUAACAAUUGGCCAUUUCUAUGCAAAUGUUUGCCGGGGUUCAAGCCUACUCACCUUGUUGAUUGGGAUUCCGGAGAUUUUUCUGGUGGGUGCAUCAGAAAUUUGACAUCGACAUCAAAUAAGAUCGAUAUAUUCUUGAGCUUAAAGAUGAUGAAAGUCAGCGACCCAGAUUCAGAUUCCAAGGUAGCAAAUGAAACAGAAUGUGAAACGAAUUGUCUUGAAAAUAGCCAGUGCGUCGCUUAUUCAUAUCAGGAAGCUGAAAACAUCACGCAAAGAGGUGAUACUACUACUGUUAGUGACAAUAUCUGCUGGGUUUGGAAUGAGAAUAUAGGUGAUCUUCAAGAGGAGUAUAAGCACCCUGGUCGUAACCUCUCUGUUCGCGUAGCUAAAGCUGACAUAGAAUCAACUGCAAAGACUUGUGAGCCUUGUGGCACAUAUACGAUCCCCUAUCCCUUGAGCACGGGACAAGAUUGUGGUGACCCCAUGUACUUCAAUUUCGACUGCAACAACUCGUCAGGCCAGGUUAACUUCAAGGCGCCCAGUGGCGCCCAACGUGUUGUCAGCAUCAAUCCAAGUGCACGAAACUUUGUCAUCCAAGUCGAAUUCGAAGAAUAUCUUGAUGCUAGGAAUUCAAGAACAAUUCCGUGGCUAAAUGAGUCAUUCCCAUUUUUUUCGACCAGCAAAUUUAUUACUGAUAUAGGCAACUCCAUUGAUCAAUUGAAAGGCAGAGCGAACGCUUCUAGACAAAGCAAAAAUAAAGUCGGCGUAGAGUUGAGUUGGAAGCCACCAUUAAUGGAGCCAACCUGUACUUCAUCCGAGGGCUGCAAAGAUUGGCCAAAUUCAACUUGCAAUGCAACCAUAGAUGGAAAGCUGAGGUGCCUUUGCCAUCCAAACUUCCGGUGGGAUGGCUCAAAUUUGAAUUGUACUAAAGAAGGUGAUUUUCCUACGUCUUCAGAAGAGCCUUCGAAAGAGCCUUCAAAAGAUCAGCCUUCAACGAGAAAGAUUCCAUUGAUCCUGAUUGUUGUGUUACUUCUUGCAUGUGUGACUGCUCUCGCUUGCAUCAUUAUUUUUAUGUAUAUAAGAAAGAUGGCCAAGAGGCAAGAAGUGAUAAGGGAGAAAAGAAAACAAGCACUUCACACAUUGGACAGUGAAAGACAUGUCAAGGACUUGAUAGACUCGGUUGGGUCCAUAGAAGAAGAUGGGCAAGGCAUAGAAGUACCCUUUUUUGAUUUGGAAUGCAUACUAGCCGCUACAAAUAACUUCUCAGAUUCAAACAGGCUUGGGCAGGGGGGCUACGGGCCUGUUUACCUGGCUACAUUCCCGGGAGGUCAUGAAAUUGCUGUAAAGAGGCUCUCAAGUGUAUCACGACAAGGCUUACAGGAAUUUAAAAAUGAGGUGGUGUUGAUUUCGAAACUCCAACAUAGGAAUCUUGUUAGACUUCGAGGAUAUUGCAUAAAUGUAGAUGAAAAGAUUUUACUCUAUGAGUACAUGCCAAACAAAAGCUUAGACUCAUUUAUAUUUGAUAAAAAUCUAAGCAUGCUUUUGGACUGGAAGAUGCGCUUCAACAUUAUCUUGGGAAUAACUAGAGGACUUCUUUAUCUUCACCAAGACUCUAGAUUGAGGAUCAUCCAUAGAGAUCUGAAAACCAGCAACAUUCUUCUUGAUGAGGAGAUGAACCCCAAAAUAUCUGACUUUGGUUUGGCAAGGAUGGUUGGAGGAAAAGAAACUGGGGAUAACACAACCCGAGUAGCUGGAACUUUGGGCUAUAUGUCUCCGGAGUAUGCAUUAAAUGGAAUUUUCUCGGUCAAAUCCGAUGUUUAUAGCUUUGGCAUAGUUCUCCUUGAUAUAUGUGGAAAAAAGAAUAUAGGAUUUUAUCAAUCAGAAGAAGCCAUGAGCCUUGUAGCUUAUGCAUGGAGAUUGUGGGAAGAAAACAGGGUGUUGGACUCAAUGGACCAAGCCUUGCGGGAGAGUUGCAAUGUUGAUCAGUUCUUGAAAUGCGUUAAUAUUGCAUUCUUAUGCGUACAGGAAGACCCAAGUGACCGCCCCACCAUCUCAAAUAUCAUUGCCAUGCUUGACAGUGAGACUGCGACAGUUCCAACUCCUAGACAACCAGCUUUCGUUCUUAGAAAAGGCCUGUCUAGCACAGCAAGUUCUUCUAGUCGAGCACACACAAGUACCGAAUGGACUUCUAGUUUGCGAGAAACAUCAAUAUGAAUGAGAUAAGUGUUUAUAAUGUAGCACUAUGAAGUUUGCUGAGAUAAGUCAGCUUUGUGA